GUGUAUUGCAUUGUGCAUUUGUGCGGGAAGUGGUGCGCGUUUUUCGUUCGUCUGAGCUCGACUUGUCCGGUUCCGUUUCGUGUUUAUGUUUUCCUCCACAGUAUUUUUCUAUUUUAAUUUCGUGCGCUCCGUCUCUUUUUUCCACAAAAACACGUAGAGAUGUCUGAUUCAGAAGCUGUAGUAGAAAAGAGGCGUGGACGCCCAGCAAAAGACAAGUCUGAGGAUUCUGUUAAAGAACCCAAGAAACGGGCACGUGAAGUUGAAAAGAAAGACAAAGAUGUUGUAAAAAAGGACGAAGAUGUUCCAGCAAAAAGAGGCAGAGGUCGUCCACCAAAGUCUGGGGCUUCCGCUGGAAAAAAAACUGACAAGCCUAAGAGCAAGACUGGUAAACGUGGUCGCCCAAAGAAGAGUGACAAAAAAGAAAAGGAGGAAUCUGCUGAAGAAGAAGACAGCAAAGAGGAAAAUGAAGACGAAGAUGACGAAUAAGACACUACUUAGGAUUAAUCUCAAUAUUUUUGUGUUCCGUGUGCAGUGUGUCCUUAAUUUAGAUUGCAUCAAAACAAAUUUACAUUUUUUUUGCCUAGACUAAGUACCUAAUUUUAUAACUGUAUGCCCAGUAUUUGUAGGCUUUAGCAACUCAUUUAAAUUAAAACUUCGAUUAAGUUAGUAUUGUUAUACAUUACUGUAUUAAUUAAUUAAUUAAUAAUUAUGUAACGUCUAAUUAUACUUAAGAACUCAUUUCCUAAAUGGAUUUCUUUUUUAUUUUGUACCAUUAAUUUGUAAACAAACUUUUUUACUAAUUUAUAAUAUCUGAAUUGUAUCUUUAUUAUUAAAAUAUAAAAGUACUUGGAUAA